AUGUGCCCUCCACCAUCUCUAGAAACUGUGGUUGAAAGGUUUUGGGAAAUAGAUGACUUCCCCACUUGUGCACAUCUAUCGCCAGAAGAUGAAGCCUGUGAGGCUUUCUUUAAAACCACUCACCAUCGAGAACCUUCUGGACGUUACGUGGUUUCCCUUCCAUUCCAUUCACCUAAACCAAUACUUGGAGACUCAAGAGCACACGCUGUUCGCUGUCUAGAGGCCUUGGAGCGCCGUCUGGUCAAGCAACCUGGACUGCGUACCGAGUACCAGGCCUUCAUGGAGGACUACUUGCAGAGUGGUCACAUGGAUGUCAUUGCCAACCCAUUGCAUGAUGUUGAGUCAGCCUAUUAUCUUCCUCAUCAUGGAGUUAUCAAGGCAGAAAGCACCACCACCAAGCUGCGCGUUGUCUUCAAUGCUUCUGCUAAGACCCAGCGAGACGUGAGUCUAAAUGACAUGCUGAUGACCGGACCCAAAUUACAGACAGAUGUUCGAGAAAUUCUGCUUCGGGUUCGUGUACACAAAGUUGUAUUCACUGCAGACAUCAAACAAAUGUAUCGGCAAAUAAUGGUGGACAAGGAGCAUCAAGACUACCAGCGAAUUGUGUGGCGUUGUUCUCCAACCGAUCCUAUAGUGGACUAUCGUUUGCAGACUGUUACUUACGGAGUUUCAUCUGCCCCUUAUCUAGCAAUUCGCACCUUGCAUCAGCUGGCCCAAGAUGAGCAAUGUAACUUCCCUCAAGCAGCUCAUGUUUUGAAGUCUGAUUUCUAUGUGGAUGAUGUUGUCACAGGGGCCAAUAGUGUUGAAGAAGCCAUUGCUCUUCAAAAGGAACUUAUUGCUUUGUUGGCAGCUGGUGGCUUCCAUCUCAGGAAGUUUGCCAGCACUCAUAGUGAAGUGCUUGAAUGGCUGUCCUCAGACCAGCUACAAUCCCCAGCAUCUAUGUCUUUUGACAAAGAACAGCCAGCUGUGGUGAAAGUUCUUGGUGUACAGUGGAACCCUAGCUCAGACUGUUUUUCUUAUCAGAUGACUCCAUUAAACAGCUCAAGCACCAAGAGGGCAAUUCUUUCAAAUAUCGCCAGGAUCUUUGAUCCCCUUGGAUGGCUGACGCCCAUCCUCUUGUAUGCCAAGUCUCUUGUACAGCUGUUGUGGCUCACUGGAGCAGGAUGGGAUGAACAGCUUCCUCCAGAGGUCUUAUAUUCUCUUCCUUCAGCAAGCUGCAGCGUGUUGUUGCUUACUGCCUUCGGUUUGCAGACAACUGUCGUCAACCAAAGGAAAGGCGUUCUCUGGGACCGUUGA